AACGAAUUCGAUCGAGAGAUUCUGGCUGGUUCGGCUUCGGCGGGUGAGGAUCCUGUUCUGUCAAGGAGCGGUGGGUAAGGGAUACGUGUGUAUUGGGUUGUCACCGCGUGCUCUGGUUGGUUUUCAUUUAACUUCGUGCGUUUUGAAACGAAAACGAUUUGUAUAAGAUGGAGAUGAAAGAAGCAGCUGAGAGUCUGGAGCAGUCGGUCCAAAAUGCUGACAAUAAAUUGGAUCUGAUUGCAUGGAAGAUAGAGCAAUAUGAAAAUGAAUUAAAAUGGGUGGAUAGUACGGAGGUAUCCAUCUUGAAACUUUUACGGAGUGUUAACCAAGUGAAAGAAGAAUAUGAAAACUUACGACGAGAAAUAUCAGAAGUCCAACAGCUUCAAAAACAACUUUCAGAUUCAUUGAGACUUCAAUUGAAACUAGUUCAGGGCAAAAUGGGUUCACUGAAGCAUAAAAUUGUCACCCAGAAUAAUAUUACAAAUUCAGAAUGAAGAGAAUGAUUUUGAAUUAUAAUUUAUUUAAAUACAAUAUCUUGCCAGUACAAUUAUUUUGCAUUUUACUAAAUAAGUAAAAUUUUCAUGUUCUAAUGUAGACAAAAGUGUAAAUGGUAUGUUACAGUCCUCAGGUUAUAACAAUAGAAGCAUUUAAUUUGUUGUCUUCUGUAGAGUAUAUAAAAUAUUAUAUUUAUGAAAAAAGUAAGCUAUAUAUUUGUCUGGGCAAUAAUCAAUAAUUUCCCUAACUAUAGGCAUGAGGUACCUGACUAAUUACUGUUAUGCUGAGGCUUCUUUCUAAUUAAGGGAAACUUUUACUUCAUGUUAGCACUGAAUGUUGUAUGCUGUAAUUCAUUGCUAUAAGCUAAGUUUCUAGGUAUCUUAAAAUAUCUUUUAUGAAAUAAGCAAGAUGCAAAAGAAGUGCGCCCUGAGGAAACAUAUCGAACAACUGCCAUAAACGUGCAAAUGUAAUAUAUGAAGACUACUUCAGUUGAUGAUUUUGGGAACGGAAAAUGAUGAAGAAAAAUAUACUUGCCUCAAAAGGUUUUUGCUUUGGACCAGGGAUAGUUAUGAAUGAGGUCACAAUGCUAGUAAACAAUGUAUCUUGGUCACGAUCAUCACCACCACUUCAAUUUUGCUGUUACAAUGAGUAUCUCUCUCAAAUAUAAAAUUCUUUCAAGUCUUGUUGUUGCGAAUUCAGAAUUUGAUGCAUUUGUGAUAACUAUGAACUUUCUUUCACACUUUGGGAAACUCUGCUUUUUCCAGAAGUCAUUAUUUUAAUCUGAAUAAUUUGCAAGUGCUGUAGAACUCCAAAUUAGUUAAAUUAAUUGAGAAUUUGACUGAUUUAGAUGUUUAGAAAUUCAAAUGAUUGAAUAAUCCUCAGAGAUGAAACAAAAACAUCUUUAGGCGGAAAAAACUUUAAUUCAUGAAAUUGAGUUUUAAAAACUUCAUAUAGUACUGUAAAUUGUAAAUAUUGUAAGGUUUACUUAGGAAAGAAGACACAAAUUAAAUUGUGUUUAAAGGUGUAUUUCAAGUACAAAUGUGCUUAUGUAGUACCCCAUUUUAGUUACCUCAAAAGAGGUUACUUUUAUGAAUUUACUUCAUGAAGUAGAAAUCACUGUAUGCCCUUGCCCGUGGAAGGGUUAAGGAGGGCAGGGAGUCUCCAUAAACCCUCCCUCAAAUUGCGCUAAGUGCUCUGAAAGAAAUUAAUAAAACUUACCGUAGGCGACUUUCACGUGUUGUAAAGUUUGGAGACUCCCUCAACGGAUGACAAAAACCUCUCAGUUGACUAAAAUAGUAAUUAAUAUAAUUCCAAACAAUAAAUUAUUUAAUGUAUUUAAUCCUGUCUCCUGUACAGAACACUUGUAAGAAGUGGGCCCCUUUCUUGCUGCCAGUUCCGGCUUAGCAUGGGUAGAUCGAGAAAUCGCGGGCCCUGGAAGUCAUGGGGCCCGAUGUUGGGAUUGAUGGGGGAAAAUUGAAAAAUAAAUUAGUACUUGGGAAAAUUGUGAUCAUAAUUUUAUACAUUGCGGUACAGCAGUCUGAUAUUUUAUAAAAUUUUCAAUUUAUUUCUUACCAUAAUUAGUCAUAAUUUGAUAGCGAAUUUUGGUGACCUAAAACAUUACCAAAAUUGAACUAUAAAAUGCUUGUAAAAUGCUUGUAAAAUGUUUUUUAAAAUGUAAAAAAUGUUAUCAAAACCGCCUCAGGUGAACAACUCAAUCUGGAUACGUUACUGAUGUACUCGAGGCUGCUUUUAUUCGUUCAAGUGCACUUGGCAGGCAAACUUUUUCUUUGGACUGUUCUUUUCCAGGAAAUUUAUCAUUAGCUACCCCAAAAUCUGCCGAUAAUGGCGCUAAAUAGUUAUCACAGGAUCGGCUGACAUCAUUUCUGGGCGAAGAAAUCGAAUUAGCUAUUCAGGAAUUAUGUAGGGAACAUUUGUUGCACCUUGUAAAUAAUAUUUGAAGCAAAUACAAUUAAAAUGAUGUUAAAAUCGAUAAAAUCAGAGAAAAAUGCAUUAAAAAUGAUGGGGAAAGGUAAAAAAUUUCUUAUUACUCAAAAUAAAAAAUAACAACCCUGACAUGAAAAUGGGUAAUUUCUUUUUCUCACAACGUAAAAUUAAUUUCUUCUAUUUCUAUUGUUCUAAAGUGAAAAGAAAAAAGGCGGUUCAUUAAUAUCCGUCUCCUACUCAUAAUCAUUACUUGUAAGGUAGGACUAUAUGAAAUGAAUCAAAUGAGGUUUAAACAUUAAAAUAGAUUCUACUGUAAUUCAAAUUCAUUAUUUAAUGGAUAUAACAAGUAAUUUUAUUAAACACUAACUAAACACAAUUUUUUUAGGUCUGAGCUUACAGUUAAAAUUGUAUUACUUGAUUACUAAAUACUUUUACUUAAAACUAUUAUUUAAAAUAUAUUUCCAAACAUUUUUUUCUAGCUUAAUUAUUGUAGAUUUUUGUUCUCAGUUGAAGAAAAUUUGUUGAAAUAGUUUGAUACAACUUUCACAUUUUGAAUUGGAGGGAGGGUUUCGGCAUUGCCCCAGACCCAGAAUUGUCUAGCUCUGGCACUGCAUAUUCGGUGUAAUGCGUAAAAAAAAAUUUAUUCUCACAGUCUUAGCACAAACGCUUGACACAAUUCACAAAGAAUCAGAGAGAACAAGAAACGUAACUAUACGACAGCAAUGCAGCCCUUCAACAGCUACCUCAACAUACAAAAUUACAGGGGUACACCACCAUGAUUGUAGCAUUAUUUGAUAAGGGAGCUCAGUCAAAACACUACUGUGAAAUCGCCUCGUAAUCAGUUACAAAUCAUUAAAAUAUAUUUGACAUUGUUUAUUAUAAGUAUUUACUGACUUACGUACAUUGCUCACUGCCCCUCCCCACCAGAAGAUUCCCCUCAUAAACCCCUUGCCCCUGCAGGGCUUGGGCCCUGGAUUUCCCUCUCACCCAAAUGGCGCAAAGUUCCGGUUUAAACGACUUGCUUAAGUCGUACAGUAAGGUAGUACAUAAUUUCCCAAUUUUUACUUUUCCACCUCCCUUUUUUUCCUUAAAUUGAUUUUUAUAAUUGGAGAUUUGGAUAAUUGGAGUUCUACAGUAUUGCUUUAUGCCAGAAAAUAAUGAACAACUGCAUUAAAUUUCCAAACAAAUUCCUCUUUUAUCAUGUGUAUAAAGUACAUUAUGCGAUGAUUCAGUGCAGUGUCUGGUUCUCCAUUUCAUGUCAUAUUAGAGAGUAUUACUUAGGAUAUUUUUCUCAGUUGGAGGAUAUUGAAUAUAAAUAUAAAGCUCAUGACAUGCUUGUUUUGAAAAUAUCCUGUGAAUUAUAUUAGCUCCAUAGAAAAGAUUGUUAAAAGUAUUAAGUUUAACAUUAGCAUAAAUAAUAUAUUUUUGUUUUGUACUUCAAUCAAAGAUGUGAACUUUUCUUUCGUAAUUUUUAUUAUUUCCUCUGGAAGUAUCUUCAGUAAAAUAGUAUUACAUGAAAAAUAUUUCUUGUUUUGUUUUGUGAAAUUAUGAAAUAGAAAAAGGGCUAUGGAAAAUAAAUAAUUGCAAUGAAAUUGUAUCAUAGUAAUUAGUGCCAUGUGUAUUCAAAAUCAAAACUGAAUGUCACUUGCAGUUCUUUCACGCACAGGUGAACAUUUCUUGUAUUCAAAUGCUGCGUUUCCCUUUACUCAUAAUAGUGUGCAGUAAGAGAAGGUAGGAAAUCUGGAGCUCAGUAAGACCUGUGCCCCUGCAUACAUCAUAUCUGUGUUGUUAUACACAAUUGAAAUUGUAUAUGCGACUCUAUUAUUAUUUAGAUUAGUAAAUGCUUGUUCAUUCAUGUUGGUACAAAUUGUUGUAUCAAAGAUAAUUGCAAAGAAAUUUCUAAUCUUGCAAUUUUGUUCAGUUUAUGACUUUGUUUGCUGAGGUAACGCCUGUCUGAAAUCUCCAUUAAAAAAUAUUACUUUUCUAUUCAUUAGAAUAUUCCAUCUUGCAAGUCUGGAUCAAUCUUGCAUACCAUAUCUCUGUAAAUAGUGUAUACACACUACUGCUGCAUUCAUUGAUAUUUCACCAAGAACAAGAUCACAUUUAUGUAAAUGUUUAGUUUGUCUAAUAUAGUAAAAUAGAAUUGUGAAAACUGAGAUAAUGUUGUUUUGACUUCUAAAUUACAUUGCACUGAAUCAUGGAGUAUUUAUGCACUUUUUAAAGACAAAAAGAAACAGAGUUAUCAGUUGUGAAGCAAAGUACAUGCCUGAAUAGGUGGAUGUUUGCAUUGCGUGUAUGUUCAAAGUUUUUUCAGCCAUCAAAAUAAAACUUUUAUAGCAGUUGUAAUCUUUCUUCAGAUAUUGAGUAAAUAACAAAUUGAAUGAGACAUUUCAUGGUUUUGUAAAUGCUUUGGAUCACUCACUCUCGUAAUCUGUUCCCAGAAUUUAGGAGUAGGUUGUUGAAAAAUAUUAAUUCAGAUGAUAUUAUGGGAAAAUAUUUUGUGUGUAUGAUAUAAAAAUAACAAUAUGCUAUUUUCCUUUUAUUUAUGGAUAUGAAUAAUUUAGAUGUGGUGUCAUGGUGGGUAGAAGUGGAGAACUGCCUCAGGUGCCUCUGUUCUUUUUUAAGUUGAAACAAUAAAAUAAUAUUUAUGAAAUUUCAAAUUUAAUGAUUAUGUUGAUGAAUAUUUUUAUCAAGUUUGUUCAAUGACUAUGGAACCAAUUGUAAGUUUAUGUACAUUUAUUCUUAAGUCAGAAAAUUGAUGUUAAUGAAAUAUUUGAUUCAAAAGUUAAAGCCUGUAUAUCAAUUUAAUUGGCCACUUCUUUGUUAUGUUUAUUUUGAGUGAUAAUUUAUAACAUAAAUCUCAUGUAAUACAUUCAUUUCUAAAAAAUUUAAGAAUCAGGCUAAAUAUAAUUUUACAUUUUUUUGUUACUAGUAAUAUUUUGCUGAAAAUCAAAUAUAGGUUUCCUGAUUUAAUUACAAAAUAUUUUUAAACAAAUUUCCAAGACAGUCAAUAAAGUACGUUUAUGUGUUACUUAUUUGUCUGACUAUACCAAAAGGGGACUACAAGAGUGGUGUGCAUCAUUACUGCCUCAAUGGGAUACCAUCUGCAUCAAUGCAACUGAUUCAAGAUGGGAACUGGGGGAUUGAGCAAAGAUGACAGUGAGAGCAAGCUUUGUAGUUCAUUUUGUUCAAUUUGUUGCCUGGGAAGGAUUGUAAAUGGAACUACAAUUGAAGGCGAAACUUCAACAGACUGUAGAAAUUUAUUCAGUUUUCUGAUUUAUUCUGUUGCUUCCGAGAAUAUGAAAAAUGAAACUUUUUUCUUCCAUGGUGAAGACCCCAUAACUUAAUCACUUUUUUAAAUGUUUCUGGAGUGUGCUCAUAAGGAGCUGGGAUUUGAUCAUAAAAAACAUGAAUAUUAUUUUAGAUUUAUAAUAUUAUUUAUCGAUAAAGAAAUUUUUUGAGGGUCUUUUGUAUAUUAUUAUGUAUCAUUAAUUUCGUUGUGUAUAUUGAAAAAACCUGAUUUAUACUAGACAAUUACAUCAUAUUCAGCUAUCUUUCUUGAUUUCAUUCAAUUACCUAUGUUAUUUUAAAAGUAUUUAGUGCUGAACGUAAUUUGGUAACUAUUAUUUUGUAUCGUCCAAUUUUUAAUUUGAUACAUUUUUUUUAUUGUACAUAUUCCUCUGGGCAGUGAAAGAAAUUGAUAUAUCAGAAAUUUUAAAUAAAUAAAUGACAUAAAAAUAUACCAAAAUGAGAAAUAUGUACAUAAGAUAUAAAUUAUGAAAGGUUGUUCAUAAAGAUGUGUUGAAGGAAAAAAAAAAAAGAAGAAAAAAGUGAUGUGUUAGUAAAACCCUAAGGUUUUCGUGUAUGAUGAUUGUUGUUAUUUGCAUGUACUUUUUAUUGAUUCAAUGACAUAGAAUUUGCAGAGUUGAUUGUUUAGAUUAGAAUGAAAUAUAUACAUUAUGAAAUAAGGAAUGAGAGAGAAAAGGUUAUAGUUUGCUGUUCUUUCUCUUGUAGAGGUUACGAGACAAUAUUCUGUUAUUUAUUCUGGGUAUUUUUAAUCCUGGCCAAUUUGCAAUUUUCUGCCUCUUCUUCCUUGAGAAUAUUAAUGUGAAGGCAGCAGAUAAUCUCUUGAUAUUUUGUGAUCACUAAAACUAGGAAUUAAUUAUUUAUGAUGUAAAUGAUCACCUUGUUAAAAAUGAAGUAUUUGUACUUUUUAUACUAUGGUAUAAAACCAUUUUCAGGGAAGGGACAAAAGUGUAUUCCAAUAUUAGUUAAAUUUGGAAUCUUAAUUUAUCAUUUUACUGAGACAAGUUUGAUACUUAAGAGAAGUCUUGAGGCACAUGAUUUGACUGUGCUUAAGAAAGUGGUCCUUUUCUGAAGGGAUGGAGAUUAUCUGCUAAUUUGGGUCCUAAGCUUUAGGUGCCCUCACUUUUCAAGACUGAACUCUGCCUUCUGCAAACUAACUGUGUUCCAUGGUUGCUCAUCUUAUAACCAAUUUGGAUGAAAAUAUUUUCCAUCUUUUCUUGUCUACUUUCAUACCUGUAUAUUCUCAAAUCUUUACAGAUAGCUAAGGAGGACUAAAACUUAUGAUCAACCCUGAAACAGCUUUUUAAUUUUCUACUACAAGUUCUGCUCAAGCAUAUUGCACAAUAAUAGGAAAUAUCACAAUAAUUUAAAUAUAAAUCAAUUGUAUUUCUGUGGAUUCAAGAAGCUUAAAUUAUUUUUUAAAGCUGUAAUUGCUUACAUUAUUUCUUUUAUUUUUUAUUUAAGAAACGGUUCUCGUUAGAAACAAAACUACAGUAUUUGACAUAUGAUGAGGGCAGAUAAAAUCUGCUAGCAGAAAAAUAGUAAAUCAUAUUGAAUUUAUAACAUUGCAUGUUACUUUUUGUCAAUUUUUCUCUUUUUUCAUUUUAUGUGAAGUUGGUUAAAUAACCUUAUUUUUGGUUUAAAGUCAUUCAGUUAAAAUGAUCAUGGGAAUUUACAAAAUAUUACAUAAAGUUGUAAUUUUAUGUACACUUCUGUUUUCAUAAUUUAAAGAUUUAAUCAAAAUGCAUUUUGUAGUAAAGUUAGUGAGCUUUCAAAAACUUUCCUAACGACUUUAGCAGAUUUCAUCACCAUUUCAAAACAUUCUUGAGAACUUUUGUCUCAACUCUUGAGUCUACACUCAAAUUCUGAUUUAAGGGGCGGAAAAGAGAUAUGAAUUUAGUUUUAUGAGAUAUCACGUACACUAACUUUUGUCUUGCUUUGAAUGUUAAGUUUACAACAUUGCAUUAAGAUUGGAAUGAAAAUAAAUUUAUAUAAAAUACAAAAGUAGCCUAAAUUAUACCCAUUGAAAUUGGUGAAGUGUAGCUCUAGGAAUGCAGAUAAAUGUUUUGUUUAGAAAUGUAGAAGAAAAUCCAUUUUUGCAAAAUACAAUGCAUUGUAUUUUCAAAAGGAAUAAUUACAGGCAAAAAUGUUUUCAUUAGCUGUUGAAACAUUCUUUAAGCUACAUCAUGCAGUUAAACACUCCAUUAAUGGGCUACUGGCUUUUAAAGAUAUCUGUUGAGAAGAAUUAGCGAAAUCAAUGUAUCCUAGGGUGAAAUAUUGUUGUUGUUUGUUUUUUUGUGCUACAAAAGAAAGAAAAUUUAAUUUUCUUAAUAGUACAAUGAAAAUGUUGUUUUAAAUUAUAUUAAUUGGGAUUAGGAAAACCAUAGUCCUGCAACAGUAUUGUCUGAAGCCCUUGUCUGGUGUUGCAGAAUACUCUUUAGGAAUGCGGCAUGUAACAGUAAUCUAGUUAAGAACUGGUUGGUGUGUAUUACUUUUACAUAAAUAUUAACUUUAAGUUACAACCUUGAGAGAGUGAUCUGGCUGUUUUUAAUCAGCUAUCUGAAGUCUACAAAAUACGCUCCUAGGACUCCAAGAAAUACUGUAAUUCAACAUGUUCUAAACUACUCCAACUUUAUUGUGCAUAUCUAAAAUUGUUAUCGAAAACUUAACUACUGAAUAGUGCAUGCUUAAUUUUGCAUCACUAUCAUAGAAUAGUUCAAUUUAAAAAAACCUCAUUUUCUUUUUAUUGCUAACACUUGAUUUUGUAGAUUUAUAUUUCAUUGUCCAAUAUCCUGUAUUUGGGAAACUUUCCUGGAGCAUAAUAUGUAUGUUUGAUUUAUAUUAUGGAUUCCUCAGUAACUAACUUUACUAUGACUUUUUACCCUUCUUUUUAUUUUUUUCAUGUAAUUUUGGUACCAUGUUAUUUUUUAAAUUAUUAUUGUGAUUAUUAUUAUUUUUAGUAUUAUUAACCUUCAUUGUAUUUUUUCAGAUUUUACAUCACUGAAUGAAACCUUUCUGCUUUUUUGUCUUUUUACAAAAGUUAAUUCUGAUCAUAGUUGUUUAUCUUGCACACUAAAUGAUUUUGUUUCAAAAUAUUCAGAGCUAUUUCCUUCACAGAAUAAUCAUGCAUCUGGUUGUAACAGUAUUCAGAAGUCACAACCAAGUAUUUUGAAAGUAAAAUAUUGUCUCUCCCUCACAUUGUAUAUAUCAGCAACUAUUCAUGUGUCUUCCUACCUCACUGUUGUCUUCCACUAAUUUUAUUUACUGGAAGAUUCAUGCCAUCUGCGCUUGUUCUGUAGAUGUCAAAAACCUAUUCUUUGAGCAACUGUGUAUCCAGUGAAAAAUUAAAUUCUAAAUUUUAAAGGAGUUACAAAACUUAUAAAAUUAGUGACAUUCUUCCUUGUACAACUUUAGGUUACUGUAAAAUUCUAUGUAGCAUCCCAAUAUUGUAGUGAUGAAUAUUUGCUUACAUUCAAUGUGUAAUGUAGUGUAGUAUUUAUUUGUAUUAGAUAAACAAUGUAUAAACAGUUUACUUGUCUCACUUUGGUGCAAGUCUGUUUUAAUUUGUUUGCAGUCGGUUCUUAUCCUACUUUUAUACAUGUAAACUUCUUUCAUCUGUUAUGUGCAUUUUUAUUAGUGAUGAUGAAAAACUUCAUACAUUUUAUUGUAGAGAAUUAUUGCAAAGAUAAGAUUUGAAUAUUUUACAAUAAAUCACAACAAUUAAUGUUAAUAAGUUUAGCAUAUUGAUUGUGGUUACAAAGAACUCCCUACUAAAGCUUCUACACUUGGGGCAAUAUUUUUUUUAAAUUUAAAAUUGAUUCUAAUGAUAUGAUUUCUAUUUAUUGUAAUCCAGUUAAUUUAUUUCUUUGAUAUUCACAUUACAGUGAUGGAAGAAGAUUCAGGAAUGGAAUCGAUAGAAAUCUCUUUUCCUGUGCUUUCUCAAUAUUUCGCAGCCUCAGAAUGACAAGGUUGUAUCAGACACUGGAGAAAUUUUACAGGAGAGUAUUUAGAGAGUUUGGAUGUGGCCAUGAAAUUUUUACUAUAUCAUUUGUUCAUUUUCUGAAAGUGUAAUUUGAAACCUGGGCCAGUAGCCAACUUUGUGAAGUUGUGGAAGUUAAUCAGCUUGAGACAAUGCAGGUCUCUGGAUGGGCGAUAGUCUAGGAAAACCGGAUACUAACACGGGCUGAUAGGGAUAAAAGGCAAUGACUUACAUUUUGAUGUAUGAUUGACAUAUGUUCAAGAAGGAUUAUCCCUCAUUUGGUGCCAAAAAGACUUGAAGUGUUGUAAUGCAAGCAAGUAAAAAUCUUCCAGUAUAUUGGAAUCUGACAAUAGAGAAUUUGAACAUGUCAAAACGUAAUUUUCACCAGAAAAUGUCAUAACCUUGUGAUUCUGGGGCCAGAAUGUAUAACCGGGUUUUCACAUUAAAUUUCACUUACCAGUUUUCUGUAUGAUUCUGAGUCUUACUGAAGAUGAUCAUCCAAACCAUUGUGUUUUGCAAUUUCUUUUAAAAAAUAAAAUUAAUUGCAUUUUUCUAUUUCUAUCAAAUAUGUUCAUAAAAGUAGCCAAACCUUGACUGCGAUGUGUGAAAAAGAAUACUUUCCCUGUGUUUUGUUAAAGAUCUGUGCAAAUAACAUUCUAAUCUAAAGAUUAUUUUUGUUUCGAGUAAAUAUCGUUUACAAUAUGUUCUUGAACUGUGAAAUCUUCAGAUAAUGAGAAAUAUUCCAAAAAUGCGUUCAAAAUGUUCUGAAUUACCCUAUAUAGCAUUGUUUUACUUAAAAAAUAUUCUUCCUCCGUCAAAAUUAAACAUUAUCCUUUUUACAUUUUUAUAUUUUCUAUCUACAGUAAAGGUUGUUAUAUAUUGAGGUCAAUCUCAAAUUGUGUGAAUUUGUUCUUAUUAAUUUGUAUAAUUGUAAAACAGUUUUGUUCCCUUGAAAGUGUUAAUACAGCAAAUAAAUGUGAUCAAGAACAGCAUCAACAAAAACCCUGAACUGGUAAACUUAAAGAAGUAAUUGUACCAUAAUCCAUGUAGUGCUCAUUUGGUUGAGAAAAGUUUCUUAAUAUUCUUCUAAUUUAAUAUGAAUUUCUAACACUAUAUGUUCUGUUAUAAUUCCACUUUUCACAAUACUGUUUAUUACAGUUGCAGUAUUAGAUAUUGUAAUCGUAUCUUAUUGUAAAAGGGGUUAGUAAUACAUAUGAAUACAUUGCACAUGCUUGUAAGAGACGUCAUUGGUGGUUUUCUAGGUCUUGUAACUUCUGUACACCAAUAUGACAAAUGAUUGGAAACUUUUAUAAUGUACAGUAUGUAUAUUGCAACAAUCGCACAAGAUUCACACAGGUUUGAACAAAGUUCUUCAGGAGAAGAAGUUUUUAGAAAGAGCUGUGACUAAUUUUUGAUGAUAAAAAAUGGUGUGGUAAUUAAAAAUAUAUAAUUGAAACAGUUUACUAAUGGUACCUUAAAUAUUACGCAAAUGUAUUUAUUUAUCUUUUAUAAAAUUUUAAAACUGCUGUGUAGGUGUUCAUAUACUUCUAAAUUUGUUAAUUUUGAAGUGGAAGAACAGACAUUUCAUGAUUUAUAAACUCGUAUAUUGCAUUUACAACCUAUUUUGUGCUGUUUUGUAUGUGUAAUUGAGAUUUACCACAUUUUUACAUGUUUCUUGUAAUUGUCAGUUGAUUUCAUAAAUGUGCAUUACAUAUAUAUUCCUUAAACAAAUGUCAAAAAUUGUUCAAGAAAUGAAUUUAUUCCUCUGUUAUUUGGUCAUUAAUAGAAAUAGAAAGGUUAAUUUGAAAUUGUUAAUAAUUAGGAAUAAAGCUUCAAUUCUGAUACUGAUAUAUUCUACAUAAAUGUUCAUAUUACUGUAAAUCUGCAUGCCUUGAUGUACAUAUACGUGAAAUUAAAUUAAAUUCAUCAGCUCUGUAGCAUCAAUUUGCUGCUUUGAAAAUAAAUUGUGAUUUUUAUAUUUUUAUUAUAUCACCACUGUAUUUUAUGUGUAAAGGCAUGCAACUCUUAUUACUCAAUAUUUGACCAAAAUUGAAUUUCUCAUUUUGAAACUAGUUUCAUACUCUCUAAAGACUGUUGUAGAAAUUUUAUUAACACAACUUUUACACAAUAAGUAGUUAAAAGUAAGAUUACUAUUAAUGACCAGAUUUUUUUGUCUUCCUCUUAAAAUUUAAUUACUAACUGUUGCUAGUGUUACAUAAAUACAUAUCUUUUCCCAUGCCAGUAACUAGAACCUGAUAAGACUGAUAUAUUGUUACUUGUAAAAGUGAUGUAAAGCUGUUGGUAAGUGAUGGUGUAAGGCUUCCUUUUCAAUUGUUUUAUCUUUUUUUGGAACAUGUAAUUUCAGAAGUCUAAAUAAUUGAGACUUUUCUUCAAUAUAUUAAUAUUAAAGCACAUGAAAUGGCAAUAAUAAAUUAUACACUGUAUUUCUGGCAUAAUUCAAGAAAUUGUGGAUGCUAUUCUAUGGAAGUAAUUUACAGGAAUAUUUUGCUGUGGAUUAAUUUGUUCUUUAUUUCACUUUAAAUUAAUUAUGAAAGAAUUUGCCAGUAAAUAUAGUUGCAAACUGUAAUUUUUUAAUACAAUUGCUCAAUAUGUGACAAGGUUUGUCAUUAAUAUUUCAUAAAUGAAUAAAAACUGUUUAAAACAUUA